AUGGCUCGUUACCUCAGUGUUGCCGCGGCUUUGGCUGCCACAGGCGCCUGUGCCUUCACACCCGAGCUGCUCCUGAGCACCGUCCGCCGCAGUGCUGCUGAUCCCAGCCCUGAUGGCUCGGUUGCCUUGUUCCCGUACACCCAGUACUCCUUCGAGGAGCACGCGAACUCGGCUGGCAUGAACCUCAUCGAUCUCACCACUGGCGAGAUCACUAAUUCAGGUCUCAAUGCCAGCGAGAUCAACGAGGUCGCCUGGAUUCCCGGUAGCAAGACGGGCAUCAUCUACAUUAAUGGCACCAACGAGGAGACUCCCGGCGGUGUUACCCUGUGGAUUGGCGACAUCAAGAGCCCCAACAUGAGCACCAUGGUUGCUUCUCUUGAUGCGCCCUACAAUGGACUCAAGGUUUCCAAGACUCCUACCGGAGACAUGCACUUCUUGGUCAACUGCAUGGCCUACCCCAACGGCACUGCAGUCAACCCGGAGACUGAAGUCACCCCUCACUCAACCGCACGCUACUACUCAGAUAUCUACGUGCGUCACUGGGACACUUGGCUGACGAAGAACCGCUACAACGUCUUCGCUGGAACUCUCUCGGCGAACAGCAGCUAUGCGCUUUCUGGCGCUGGUAUGCGUAACCUACAGCACGGAAUCAACUUCACCGCUACUCAGCCUGAGACCCCCAUUCAGCCAUUCGGCGACAUGAGCGACUACGACCUCAGCCCUGACGGCUCCAUGUACGCUUUCGUCAGCAAGGCUCCCGAGCUGAACAAGGCCAACUACACAGCCUCAUACGCCUACCUCGGUGCUUUUGCUUCUUCCGAGCCACCGGUCGCUUUCAACGGCCCCGACUCCGAGGCGUACAAGGCUGGCCACAAGGGCGCAUCCAGCUUGCCCUCUUUCUCCAGCAACAGCUGUAAGUUCGCGUACGUCCAGCAAGAUGAAGACUACUACGAGUCAGACCGAUUCCAGCUCUACACUGUUGACGUGGCUGUCGAGGGUACUGGUGUUGCUGUCAGCAACUGGAAGGCACUCAGCACUGGUUUCGACCGCUGGGUUCAAGGACCCCUUACUUGGGCCGCUGACGACUCUUCCAUUUACGUCACCGCCGAUGACUACGCCCGCGUCAAGAUCUUCAACUUCCCCGUGGAUGCCGAUGAGAGCUUCGUCCCCGAGCCUAUGACUUCCAACACGUCCGUUUCGACCUUCGCGCUCCUCCCUGACGGCUCCCUGUUUGUUGCCGCUACCGCCAUCUGGACCCCCAGUGAGUGGUACAUCCUCAAGGAUGGCGUCAAGAACACCCUCUUCGACGCGUCUCAGGUCGACCCCAAUCUCGCUGGUCUCGGCUCGCACACUGUCUCUGAGAUCUUCUUUAACGGCUCCAACCCCGAGCUCAAGCAGCAGCUUCAGGCCUACGUUGUCAAGCCCAGCUACUACCAGGAAAACGUGACCUACCCGCUCGCUUUCUACAUCCACGGCGGUCCCCAGGGUAACUGGGGUAACAGCUGGUCCAACCGCUGGAACCCUCAGGUCUGGGCUGACCAGGGUUACAUUAUCGUAGCUCCCAACCCAACCGGCUCCACUAGCUUCGGACAGUUCCUCACCGACUCUAUCCAGGGCCAAUGGGGCAGCUGGCCAUACCAAGACCUGGUCAACGCCUGGAACUACGUCAACACCAGCAUGCCCUGGAUCGACACCAAGAACGGUAUUGCCGCCGGUGCUUCCUACGGUGGUUACAUGACCAACUGGAUUCAAGCUAACGACCUCGGCAACGAGUUCAAGUGCCUCGUCACCCACGACGGUAUCUCCAACACCGAAGGCGCCUGGGCUUCCGAGGAACUCUGGUUCAUCCGCCACGACUACGACGGCAACAUUUGGGACUCACCCGCCUACCGCGAGUGGAACCCCCAGAACCACAUUGCCAACUUCUCUACCCCCCAGUUCGUCAUCCACAACACCAAGGACUACCGUCUCCCCGAGAGCGACGGUCUCAGUCUGUUCAACAUCCUCCAGGCACGUGGCAUCCCCAGCAGGUUCCUCAACUUCCCCGACGAGAACCACUGGGUGCUCAAGCAGGAGAACAGCUUGGUUUGGCACACGGAGAUUUUCAACUGGAUCAACCACUGGUCCAAGGGUUAUGAGCCCGGUUGCUCGGUGCUCUACGGUUCGGCGACCCACCAGAUCAAGGUGAUCUGA